AUCCCACAGUCUCUCAAGUUCAAACAGCGAAGGGAGAGAUCGGCGGACAUCGAGAAGAAAGAGAGAGUGAUAGAGAAAAGGUGAGGAAUUAGCAAAGAUGACUGAUAGAGCUUUAAAGGUUGGAAUCGUGGGAUAUGGACAUUUAGGCCAGUUUCUUGUUGAGAAGAUCCAAAAGGAAGGACCUGAGGCAGGACUGCAGUUAGCAUUUGUUUGGAACCGAAAUGCAGACAAACUUAGAGAUUCACUGCCCAAAGAGCUGAUUCUACAUGACCUCUCAGAUUUCACACGCAAAGACACCGAUGUAAUAGUGGAGGUGUGCCAUCCAAUGAUAGUUAAAGAGUUUGGCAUCAGAUUUCUGUCACAUGCUCACUUCCUGGUGGGCAGCCCUUCUGCCCUUUCUGACCCCCAGCUUGAGCAAGAUCUUCGCAAUGCUGCAAAACAACAUGGGAAAACACUUUAUGUGCCCAGUGGUGCAUUAUGGGGUGGCCAAGAUAUUCAAAAAAUGAAUGACAGUGGAACUUUACGGGCUCUCUCCAUCCGAAUGUCUAAACAUCCCUCUUGCUUUCGGCUGACUGGUGGUCUGCUCUCCGAUUGGAGGGAGGGAGAGGGGAGGCGGGUCUUGUACCACGGCUCAGUAGCAGAGCUCUGCCCCAUCGCCCCAAAUAAUGUGAACACUAUGGCAGCUGCGGCUAUAGCCGCAUCAAAGCUGGGCUUCAAUGGGGUUACCGGAGAAAUAGUCUCAGACACUGCAUUAUCAGACUACCAUAUUGUGGAGGUUGAGGUAACUGGUCCAGAUGGGUUCACAGUGAAAACAGUGAGACAAAACCCCGCCAAACUGGGAGCUGUAACAGGAAAUGCCACAUACAAUUCCUUCUGGAGCAGCUUACUGGUCUGCAAGGGUCAUGGAGGGAGGGUAUAUCUGUGUUGAUAACAGUGGAUUGCUGCAGAAAGUUUACCGAAGAAAAACACACGAUGUGGCACAUGAUGAAUUAAUAAAACAAGUGUAAUGGUAAUAAUGUUGUAGACUUUAAUUUCAGUUUUACAGCUGUGAUAGACAUGACAAACUCUAACAGUGCUGGUGUAUAUUUGUAUUACAGUACCAAUGUUCCAGUGUAUCCGUUUGGCUGGUUAGCUUUACCUACAUCAAUUGCUUGUCAUUUAACUGAAACCCUUUUUUUAAAAUAACCCUAGAAAACUUCUGGAUAGUUACUGUGUUUGUGACGGUACAUAAUACUGUGAAGGGAAAUCUGGCAGUGAGUAAAGCACUGUAAGAAUGUUUUCAGAAUACAGUACAUUUAUGCAAUCUAAAGUCUUUUAAAAGAUGUAUACAUUUCUUGCUUUCGUGAAACACACAAAGAAAAGUUUAGCUCUUUGAAAUUAGCACAGUGAAAGUGAAUAAUUACUAGGACUGUCAAACCAUGAUUUAAAGUAAACAGCUUAAAUUUGGGUCUGUCCUUCAUAUAAAGAUACUGUAUGACUUCAGAAGACCUAAAGUGUGAGUUUUAAGGACUAUUUGUAUGAUAUUCAUAUUAUAAUUGUUUGGCCCUGAUCACCCUCUGUGUUAAUUUUUUAUAUAGAAAUAUAUAACAUGAACAUUCUUCAAAACCUCUUCUUUUGUGUUCCAUGGAAGAACAAAGUCGUACAGCUCUUUUAAAGAGUGUAUAAAUAAUGUUUUUUUCUUAAACCAUUCCUAAUAAAGGUCUCUUUAAAAAUGUUUGUAACGUUUAUUUUUAUCAUUUCACAUUUAUUUGUAUCGUCUUU